UGCCAUUGCUGACUACUGAGAUUUUCCUGAUAUUUUCUUAGCUUCUGACUCUAUCAUAUCUCUCUGAAGCCCCUUAUCAUUAGACGAGCAAAUUUCAUCUUCUCUGUUUCCUUCUCUCUUACUAUGGCUACUGUUACUAAUUUCAUUACCAAACUUCCUUCAUCUCUUUCGACCGUCUCUAAAAUAACUCCUAUUUCCUUCAGCAAUUCCUUUUUGUCACCUUUUGUCACCAAGCCGAAAUCUCUACCAACAAAACUACAAGUAAACCGAUUAAACUUCGUAGUAAAGGCUACAGCUGCUCCCGGGACUAAAAAGGCUCCAAGUGAUGAAAGAGUACAGCAAGUCCACAGCAUGGAAGAAUUUGAUGAAGCCUUAAAAAAGGCAAAAGACAAGCUUGUUGUGGUAGAAUAUGCUGCUAGUCACAGUGCUGAAAGCAGCAAAAUCUACCCUUUUAUGGUUGAUCUAAGUAAGCAAUGCAGCGACGUGGAGUUUCUUCUUGUCAUGGGCGAUGAAUCGGAGAAAACUAGAGCGCUUUGUGAAAGAGAGAGGAUAGACAAAUUUCCACACUUCAGCUUUUACAAAAGCAUGGAGAAGAUUCAUGAAGAAGAAGGGAUUGGCCCGGAUCGGCUUGUUGGAGAUGUGCUAUACUAUGGUGAUAAUCAUUCAGCUGUGGUGCAGUUGCAUGGCAGAGAGGAUGUUGAGAAGCUAAUCGAAGAACAUAAGGCUGAUCAUAAACUGCUUGUUCUUGAUGUGGGGUUGAAGCAUUGUGGACCAUGCGUCAAGGUCUAUCCAACGGUUCUAAAGCUGUCCAGGCAGAUGGAUACGGUAGUUUUCGCAAGAAUGAACGGUGAUGAGAACGACAGCUGUAUGCAGUUCUUGAGGGACAUGAACGUGGUUGAGGUGCCAACAUUUUUGUUCAUCAGAGAUGGGCAGAUAUGUGGAAGGUAUGUGGGUUCUGGUAAAGGAGAGCUUAUUGGGGAGAUCCUUAGAUACCAAGGAGUUCGAGUGACUUAUUGAAAACCAGGUAAUUGCUUCAGGAAUUUUUUUCUUUUUUCUUUUGGGGGGGGGGGGGGUCUCGCAGGCAUGGUGGUCUGAAAUUGACAUUGAACUCAGACCCCGAUAUGUCACAGAAGGUUAAAGACGUAAAUUGAUUUAAGCCUGGGGUCAAUAGCUAAUAGAUGGUAAAGAGGAAUAUUAAUUAAAUGUAGUUAUGGAUGAAUCUGGUGGCCUUUUCGGUAUUGUAGAACUGACUUAUUAUCUGCUUUUCGAUGGAUGAUUAUGAACUGUUUUUACC